CCCAUCAUGCAGUUCACCCCAUUGCCAUGGUAGCAGGAAGCCAGCUUGACGAUUAGCAAUAGCAAUGGACAGCAGGAUUCGACUACUCCCCGGUGGGACACAGCCUACGUCCACUGUCAGCCCCUUUGCCGUCAUCGAAACCGAGCAAGGGGUUGCGGAGACACGGGCUGGGAAUAGACAGAGCCCCGCUGGGAGUCAGGCGAGGGAGCUCCAGGUGACCGGGACGGCCGAGGUUAGCUACCCGGCCGACAGAGCGUCGGUCCGGCUCAGCGUGGGCAACAGCAAGGCGACGGUCAACGAGGUCACCAGCAGCGUGUCACGACGGUUGGAAUACAUUUUGCAAGCUGUCAGACAACAUGGAGUCAGAGAAGACGACAUCACUGUGAGGAAAUUCCUCCACCGGGAUGAUGAAGUGUAUCACAUGAAUGCAGAGGUGACUGUCACCUUCUCUGAUUUUGACAAAAUGGAGCAGUCCUGCAGCGUCCUGCUGGAGAAACUGGACAGGAGCGUCUCAGUUGGACGACCUCGAUUUUUCCACAGCGCAGAAUGCCUGAACCUUAUCAGGCAGAGUGCAUGUGUCUCUGCGGUGGAGAAUGCCCAGCAGAAGGCCAGCAGAGUUAGCCAGCUACUGGGGCAAAGCCUGGGGGCGCCCACCCUGGUGCAAGAGGAGGAGAUGCGAGAGUGGAGGACCCAGGAUGAGGGUGAGGAGGAAGAUGGGGGUGGAGGAAGGCGGGGCCAAGAGGCCGCCUCCACCCAGGCCGCCCCUCUUCCCCGCAUACCAAGCGUCACCGCCUUCUCGCGGGUGUCCGUCUACUUCCGGAUGCGUGAUGGAAAUAGGAAAAAAUACUAAGAAGUACUGGAGUAGAAGAAAUUUGUUUGUAUGGAUAGAUCUGUACAGAUGGGGGAGUAACAAUAUCAGGUGUCGGUAUUGGGCGAUACUGAUCUUUAUGGAAUCGGGUUCUCGUGGAAGCUGCCGAUACCCGCCGAUAGUUAAGGCUAAAAUAUCUGACUUAAUUUCUUCUCGUCAGUAGUUGGCACUAUACCAUGAAAGAAAGGACUUUUUUUAUUUCAAAAGUACUCAAGGAAAGAGUGACCACUUGGACUGGUAUCGGACUGAAAAAUAAGC